GUCACAGCUGGGUAGGAUUUAUAAAUGCCUCUUGAAUUUCUUCAUGAGAACAACUGCUUUCACUCCCAGACGAGCAGCACGCGCUCCUCAACAAGGCAAGGAUGAACUGUGGCGUGUGUGUGUGCGUGCUUCUGGCCGCCCUCUCGGUCACCUUUGCGGCUCGAACCCGCUCCUCUCCGGUGCAGGAAGAGAACGAUGCUCUGCCCUCGCAGAUGGAUUCCAGUGUGAGCGCAGGCCACGGUGCCAACCCACGUGCCAACCUCAAUGAGCUGCUGGCAAGACUUAUCUCCAGGAAAGGUUCUGUUCGUCGGAACUCGAUGGCGAACAGCAAGUCGAGCGCUAACCACCGGAUAAAAGAUCGGGACUACCUGGGCUGGAUGGACUUCGGUCGCCGGAGUGCCGAGGAAUACGAUUACUCCUCAUGAGGGGCCACGCCUUACUUCUCACUUUCCCAAAUAAAGAAUAUAUUUAUUACUAUUCUCCUUCUUCUUAUAAUGAUGCUGAUGAUGUAUUUGAUGUACAUGUUUGUAAAUUGACAAUGCAAUAUACACUUAAGCCAAAUUUUUUCAGAAACGUCUACUUUUUGUGUCGUUAGCUUUUGUGGUCUUGUGAGUGACUGAGGAAAAGGAAGCUGGUCUGGGUGACACAGUGCUGUUGAUGUGUUUCAAAUAAACCAGAUCAGAAUUCGA